CACUGUCGAGGCCCCAACACAGUGCUGAAACGAGAGUGAAACAACUUCCAGAGCCUCAAACUAAACUAAGCUCUUUUCCUCUGCUUCUGUAUCUACAACUUUCUCACUUCUCUAAUAUUACGAACAGGUCAAUGUUGUUUGCGGUAUCGGCACCAAACUUUUGCAUAUCCUAUCCAAGAAGCCCCAAUUUCACUCAUUUUCUUCGAAGGCAUUCGGUUCCAACGAGGCUUUGUAUACGUGCGUCGCUGCUGGAAAAUAACAAUGGUGCUAAAAUGGAGUAUACUCCUUGGUUGAUUGUUGGGUUGGGUAACCCCGGAAAUAAGUACCACGGUACAAGGCACAAUGUUGGUUUUGAAAUGAUUGAUAGCAUUUCUCGAGCAGAGGGCAUUGUGAUGAAUACAAUACAGUCAAAGGCAUUAAUUGGAAUAGGUUCCAUUGGUGAAGUACCAAUUUUAUUGGCUAAGCCUCAAGCAUACAUGAAUUACAGUGGGGAGGCGGUUGGACCACUUGCUGCACAUUAUCAAGUACCAUUGCGUCAUAUUUUAUUGGUUUAUGAUGAUAUGAGCUUACCAAAUGGUGUUCUGAGGCUUCAACCAAAAGGAGGACAUGGCCAUCACAAUGGGGUGAGGAGUGUAAUGGGCCAUUUGGAUGGUUGCCGUGGAUUUCCUCGGUUGUGCAUAGGCAUUGGAAAUCCCCCUGGAACCAUGGAUUUGAAAGCAUUUCUUCUCCAGAAGUUUAGUUCAGUAGAGCGACAACAGCUAUCUGGACAGAUUGAUGCAGGACUAGAACAAGGGGUUGAGGCCGUCAGGAGCCUGAUGCUCCAUGGGUUUAACCAGAGAAUCAAUACCUUUAAUUUGGGGCAGAAAUACAAGUAUCACAAAGUGUGACUCUAACUGAUGAAUGGGGAUUGAAGAAGGUACAUGGCAUCUAUGAGAUUUUAUCAUUGUGUGCUUGUUCUGUUGGGAGCUUCUCAUGUUUGAACCAGGAGAUGAAAGUUCUUGUAAUCUUCCUUGCACUAAUAUUGUGUUAUUUGUGGAAGCUUCAUGUGCUCCAACAGUUUGUCAAGGAAUCAAGCCCUGCAAUCUAUUCUAGAUACCCCUCUUAUCUACCAUUUAACUACUACUAUUUUUAAAUGUCAGUGGAGUUUUAACUGUUUAUUUGACC